AUGUUGCUGCAGUGGUUUAACACAAAUAUUUUUAACUUCCCCACCUCCCAAAGAGCCCGGCUUAUUUAGAAACAACAGCAGAAUAUAUUUAUUUGAAAGCGUGAGGGUUAAUAUUGUCUACCCUUGGCUGCCAGCAGCUUUCCAGGGCUUUGGAUGGGACAUGUUCCUCAGCAAUACUUAGAUAUAUCAGGAUUUCGAACGGUGACUUCAGCAUAUACUGCAGCCCGACACUACUGAGGGGCCACAGAUGCUAGCAGGAAACAUAGCAUCUGUGCAGCUCACAGGACCACCGAGUGAGACACCAACCAGAAGAUCUUCACUAUUCAGUCAAGGAAGGAAGAUAUGAUGCUUCUCCGCUUGGCUGGGUUGAUUCUACUUUCGUUGCUUUCUACCCAUUCACAAAGGACUGGAAUAAUCCCACGGAAAACAGAGGGAUCUCUGGGAGGAACUGUAACCCUAACAUGUAACUUACCAGUUGGGCAGCCCUCUGGAAGAACACUGGUACAUUGGUACAAAGAGAAACAAGGCAGAAGUCUGGACUGGAUAUUCACAUGUUCGGACUUUUCAAAACCAGAUGGGAAGUACUCAAAUCGUCCAGAUACAACCACAAGAUCUUCUCUGAUCAUCAGUAAUGUGCAAAGAAAUGAUUCUGGGCUAUAUUAUUGUGUGAAAUACAAUUCUGAACAUCCUGAAUUCCUAGAAGGUAUAAGGUUGAUCAUCACAGAUGAUUCUAGGACAGACUUUUCCUUACUGGUGUCCCCCUUCUUUGAAGAGCUCUGGCAUAACCACACUCUUCCUCUGCUUUGCCUUUUCUUGGAUGUGCACCCCUCUUGGAAGCCUGUAUCCUGGAAUACUAGUAGCAAAACAUCUCAGAAUCAGUUAGACAUUGGUGUGACAGAGGCCCAUGGAAGAUUUAGCAUCUGGAGCAUAUGGCUGGUUCUGCCAGAGGCACCGUUUCAGGGGAAAGCACUUGGCUGUGCAGCUGAAGGAAACAGAAACUUCAGUGCUAUAUUCCAGAAGAAUAGGAAAUCGAGAAGUCCAGAAAACUGCGUCCUCAAGCUGUGUUUGGGAGGCCCCUGGAUUCCAAUCCUCCUCCUGAUUCUGCUCUUGCUUUUUAGGAAGCGCUGUGCCAGAGGCAAUGCUGCGCAACCCGCAAAUCCCAGACUCAUGGGGGAGAUCCAGCAGACAACUUACGCAGAAGUGCAUUUCAACAAUCAAAACAUGGCCUUCACGGAUCAAUCCCACUUCUCAAAUCCAAGUUGAUCUUGUUUCCAGAACAAGGAUAAAUUCAAAGAAAAAGCUGGGAUUAACUCUCCUAGAAGUUAAAUUUAACAUGUAGCAUUGAUACCACAAGCCUAUGCAAGCAUAUUCAGGAGUUUUACUUGGUUUAUAGUAGCAGGAUUACAGCUUCAGGUGUCUGUAUUUUUUAAAAAAAUAAACUUGUACAUUCCUCA